UUGCUCAUCAAAUUCAAGAUCCUGUAAAAUCAGUAGCAACCAUGGAGAAGCCAAAGUUCAAGACUGUCCAAGAGGUGGUUGCAGCCGGUCAAGGACUACCGGAGAGAUAUCUCCAUGCACCAACCGGCGAAGGCGAAAGUCAACCACUUAACGGUGCGGUGCCGGAGAUGGAUAUUCCGGCCAUCGAUCUCAGUCUUCUCUUCUCUUCCUCUGUAGACGGUCAAGAAGAGAUGAAGAAACUUCACUCAGCACUCUCUACAUGGGGCGUUGUUCAGGUUUGACUAUCUUGGUUAGUGAUGAUCAGAUUCAUGAUUUAAACUCUGUACAAGUUCUUAUUGAAGUAAGCAGGUGAUGAAUCAUGGAAUUACUGAAGCUUUUCUUGACAAGAUUUACAAGCUAACCAAGCAGUUCUUUGCGCUUCCGACCGAAGAGAAACACAAGUGUGCUAGAGAGACAGGUAAUAUCCAAGGAUAUGGUAACGAUAUGAUUCUGUCUGAUAAUCAAGUUCUUGAUUGGAUCGACCGUUUGUUUCUCACUACUUACCCUGAAGAUAAGCGUCAACUUAAAUUCUGGCCUCAAGUCCCUGUCGGAUUCAGCGAGACGUUAGAUGAAUACACAAUGAAGCAACGGGUAUUGAUUGAGAAAUUCUUUAAGGCUAUGGCUAGAUCAUUGGAAUUGGAAGAGAAUUGUUUUCUAGAAAUGUAUGGAGAAAAUGCUGUAAUGAAUUCAAGAUUCAACUUCUUUCCUCCAUGUCCAAGGCCAGACAAGGUUAUUGGGAUUAAACCGCAUGCUGAUGGUUCAGCUAUCACUCUUCUCUUACCCGACAAAGAUGUCGAAGGGCUUCAGUUUCUUAAAGAUGGGAAGUGGUAUAAAGCUCCAAUAGUUCCUGAUACAAUUCUUAUCACUUUAGGUGAUCAAAUGGAGAUAAUGAGUAAUGGGAUAUAUAAGAGCCCGGUUCAUCGAGUGGUGACCAACAGAGAGAAGGAAAGGAUAUCUGUGGCAACGUUUUGUGUACCGGGUCUAGACAAAGAGAUUCACCCUGCAGAUGGGCUUGUGACUGAGGCAAGACCAAGAUUGUAUAAAACAGUUACCAAGUAUGUGGAUCUCCACUACAAGUACUAUCAACAGGGUCGAAGAACUAUUGAAGCUGCAUUAAUCUGAUUAUACUUCUUUAAGUCUCCUUCUUCAAGUCUCAUUUUUUUUUCCAAAGAAAACUGGCCAAUCUUUUCAAGUAACAUUUCAACAAUAAAGAGUCUCUAAACCCUUAAGUAACCUUUCAACAAUAAAGAGAGUCUAAACUCUAAACCCUUAAGUAACAUUUCCAGUAUCAAUUGCUAUUUGAGACCCCUUAAACCCAAAACUUAAAUAUAUUUCAUAUUCAAUUCCGCUUGACUCCUAAACUAACUCGUG